AUGAAGUUCUCUACCGUUCUUUCGCUGCUUGCUGCGCCGUUGUUGGCGCUGGCGGAUUCCGUUCCGUUCGAGCGCCUCAAUGCUAGCGAUGCUGUCCUCCUCAUCCUCGACCUCCAAGUCGGCCUCUAUACCGUCGCCCGCGACUUCGACCCGACGCUGUACCGCGAGAACCUGAUCGCGCACGCCGCACUCGGCAAGCUCUUCCCCGAACUCCCCGUCAUCAUGACGACGUCAGCCGAGACGGGCCCCAACGGGCCCCUGCCCAAAGAAAUCCUCGAAAUGUACCCUGACGCACCGCUCAUCAAGCGGCAGGGCGAGGUGGACGCGUGGGACAACGCCGAGUUCCGCGCCGCGGUCGAAGCGACGGGCCGCAAGCAGAUCAUCGUGGCGGGCGUGACGACGGACGUGUGCACGGCGUUCCUGGCGCUGUCGCUGCGCGCCGAGGGCUACAGCGUGUGGGCCAACGUCGAGGCGUCGGGCACGACCAGCGCGCUCGUGCGCGACGUGAGCAACGACCGCAUGCGGGAUGCGGGCGUGCAGCUGGUCAGCUUGUUCAGCAUCGUGUGCGACCUCAUGCGCGAUUGGCGCAACACGCCCGGCGCCAAGGAGGCGAUUCCGUGGCUCGAUCGCUACUUCCCUGUUUACGGGUACUUGGCGAGGGGACAUGGCGCGGCGGUUGAGAAUGGCACGCUGAUUCCGGGUGAGGAGGAGCUGUUGGCUUGA